CGCUGAAUUUGCUGAGAAAUACUCUUAAAUACCAGAGAACGCCAGAUUAACAAGGGAAAUUCGAGACCACGACAUCCUUCUACAGCUCAACCAUCAGCAUGAAGGCAGAGGCCCGGCACGAAGAGUCUGUUGACUUGGCUCAUACGAACUCAGAUGAAGGCAAACCAUACCUCGCUGACCACGUCCCAUUCACCCCUGAGGAGGAGAAGAAGUUGUUGCGCAAAAUUGACUUGAGGCUUAUUCCAUGGCUCAGUUUCCUCUACCUCCUGUCCUUCUUGGAUCGUGCAAACAUAGGAAACGCCAGGUUGCAGGGCUUGGAAAAAUCGCUUGGUCUGAAGGAUCAGCAAUAUCUGUGGGCAUUGACCAUCUUUUUCUUUCCCUAUGCUGCUGCAGAGCCGGCUUGCAACAUUCUACUCAAGGGUCUCAAGCCUCACGUGUGGUUCACGGCCAUUAUUGUUGCUUGGGCGAUUGUCAUGACAUGCAUGUCUGCCAUGACAAACUACUCCGGGAUUCUUGCAGCCCGCUUUUUCCUUGGACUGACUGAGGCUGGUCUCUUCCCUGGUGUCAACUACUACCUUUCGUGUUGGUAUAAGCGCAACGAAUUGGGUCUCCGCAUGGCAGUGUUCUUUUCGGCUGCGACAGCCAGUGGAGCUUUCGGAGGACUGCUAGCGGCCGGUAUUGGCAAGCUGGAUGGCAAGGGAGGCAUGAAGGGCUGGCAAUGGCUUUUCUUGCUCGAGGGAAUCGCAACAGUAUUUGCUGGAGCUGCCUCUUGGUGGCUAAUUCAGGACUUUCCAGAUACUGCCAAGUUCUUGACUGAGCGCGAACGAGCACAAGUCAUUUGGCGAUUGCAACGAGAUCAACAAAAGUCCGCAGCGGGAGAAGGCUUUUCUGUUCGCAGCGUCCUCAGAGCUUUCUUUGACGUCAAGGUUCUUUUGGCCUGUGUCAUUUACAUUGGAUGUCUUGGACCCCUUUAUGCUUUCUCCCUCUUCCUUCCCACCAUCAUCUCCACUCUGGGCUAUUCUGGUACGACCGCUCAAUUGUACUCGGUUGCGCCUUACGUGGUGGCUGCAUUCGGUACAAUCUGCCUUGGUUACAUUGGCGACCGAUUUGGCUACCGCAGUCUGCUCAACAUGCUAUCAUCAACGAUUGCCAUCAUCGGCUUUGCUCUGUUGCUUGGAGAGCGCAACAAGAAUAUACAAUACCUUGGCACCUUCCUUGGCGCACUCGGUGUCUAUCCUACAAUUCCUUUGACCAUCAGUCUCUUCUCCGGCAACCUCGAGGGAAGUUACAAGCGUGGUGUGGCGAUCGGCAUUUUCAUCUCUGCCGGAAACUUUCAAGGAGCCGUCAGUUCCAACAUCUUCAGGGCUAAGGACAAGCCUCGUUAUAUCCUGGGACACAGUGUCGUCAUUGGAUACCUUUGUUUGGUCUUCUUUGGUUCCUUUGCAACAUUCCUCUACUUGCGCUGGGAGAUGGCUGCUCGACGCGCCGGUAAGCGUAACUACCGCAUUGAAGGCAAGUCGCAGCAUGAGAUUGAUCAGUUGGGUGACUUGCACCCUGACUUUGUUUACCAGUACUAGACGGAGCUUGGUUGUAGUUUGUAGAUUGGUUCAUAUUUCAGCUUGUAGGAGUGCUAC